AGAGGCAAACAAUAAACAAAGCACCCGGCAACCGGGCAAACAAACUCAACCGGAAUUCAAAUAAAAUACACAUUUUUUCUUCCAGGGAAAGGCAGACAUUAUUCAGACCUUACUGAUCGAACAAUAUAGCCACUAAAUACAUAUAGCUGUGUAUAUUUUGUACAAUACCGACAGGAUGACGCUCAAAAUCGGAAUAUGCACCAAGCAGGAUCUCGACGAGGCGAUGAAGCUGCAGAAGCGGGAACAGUACGAGGAUGAGCGCAAGCGACGCAUCUUUAAUGCCAAGCAGCGCCUCUAUGGGCUCGACAUCGAAAUGCUGGAUCGCCAAAUCCUCGAGAAAAAGAAACAGCAAACCGCGCAGAUGGAGUGCGACAAGAAGUUCGAAGAGCAGGAGCAGCUGCAGAAGCGCCUGAUCUCCGCCCAGGAGAAGGAGCUAGAGAAGAAGCAGCGCGUGGUGGACUCGGAUCUCAACUACUAUCGCUGCCGCUAUCAGCGCAAGGAGCAGCGACGCGAAUUCGACUUGAAUGACCCGGACUUCCUGAAGAAGGCACGUCCAACACGAGUGGCCGACGAUGAUAUUGCGCUGGGCGUGUCCAGUGCCCAGAUCUUUCUGGGCGAGGAUCUCUACAACGUUGAGCGAAAGGUGCGGCAGCGGGAACAGCAACGUGCUUGGCUGGAUCAGCAGGUGCAGGAGCGCAAACGGGCGGAGGAAGCUCGCAAAAAGGCCGACACACUGCAGAUGGAGGACGUCGGAUGCAGGGACAGACAUCUCCAGGAGAUGGCCAAGUCCGAUCACCAGAUGCGCAAUCAGGUGAUCCAGCGCGUGCGCCAGUUCAACAUUAACAUGGCCAAGCAAAAGCAACUGGAUCGCGAGCGGGAGAAACGCGAGAAACACGAGGAUGACAUGGCCGAAAUCUACAACAUGCUGUCCAGCGAUAUGCUCACCGAAAAUCCGGAUGUGGCCCAAUCGCGUACCGAUCCGAACAAGAAGAUUGCCUUCAUGUAUCGCGGCAUGACGCCGGAGGAACUUCGCGUGUUCCGCUUGGGCCAAGAGCAGCAGCUCCGCUUGGCCACGCAGCGCAAAACGGAGGCCCAGAUGAUGGACAAGCAGUGGGAGCAGUAUGCCAUCAACAUGGACCGCACCCUGGUGCUCCAUCAGAUCGAGGAUGAUCGCCGUCGUAAGGCGGAAUUCGAUGAACUGAUGCGAGCCAAUUCCAAGUUGGCCGUGGAGCAAGAUAAACAGCGCAAGGAAGCCCUGGUCGGUUUGAGCAAUGCCGUCUCCGACGAUUUUUACGAUCAGUUCAACAAGAAUUCACGUUAGUUAUUAUGACAAAGAGUUCCCAACCAAUAAAAAGCAUAUCAAGAAUCGGAAUAUGGUGGCCUGGAUGCGAUUGGAGAGCUGCCUCGCAACUUGGAUGUGGGACACUUUUCCACUCGUGUCCAGGACACAUCAAUUUUGAAAGGAAAAUUCUAAUGUUCAUGUUCAAAGCGUAUGACUUCAAAUAAAUACAAAUUAUCAAAACGUAUUUAACUAUCUUAAAUAUCACAGGAUUUCGUGUAACAGAAAAUAUCUGAACAACCGAACAAUUACAAAAAAAAGUUGUAUUUUAUUAUUUACAAAAUAAGACAUUAUAAUAAUAAAACAUCAAAAAUAACUCACACA